ACAACAUUGGGUGGACACCAGUUGUAUAUAUCGCCUGGAAGACAUGGAAGGCGUUCCGCGCACACAAUUAUUUACUUCUCGACAUGUAGACUCCAGCAAACAAGCAUGCACUCGCCAACCUUACCUUGGUCGAGCAAACUUUUGACUCUCAGCUCCUAUACUAAUAUUAUCACCGCCUAUCAAGAUUAUGGGGGCGAUAUUUCACACACAAUCGUAUCUUCCUAUCUUCACUGUUUAAUAUUCUGCAGACGACGGUCAUCUCACGUCCAGACUAUAGUCAGGGAAUGUAUAGGAGCGUCUUUCGAUGACGCCUCCCUGGUGCCUAAGGAGCUAUCGAAGACGCAGAUCGAGGCAAUCGCUGGCACUGACGUCAUUGAAACUCACAAUGCUCACAGCUAUCUGCUGUUCUCUUUCUUGAGUGCUAUGAAUAACACGCACACAGACGAAUACGGCGGAAGCUUCGAGAACAUUCGUUGAGUUUCGAGGUUGUGGGUGACUAUGCUUGAAAAUAUACCACUUCUGAAGUAUUUUCAUGUUCUUUGCUUGAUCUGACUGAUGUGUCGAGGAACUUGCUGGUAUUCUUGUCGAGCACAGAGUUUACUUUCCCGACUUCUCCAGCGGUGCUACCCGCCUAAAAGCCAC